GGCAAGGUGGGGAGGGACUGGCGGGAGCCGUUGGCGGGAAGCCCCCCUCCUGCGGCCAGACAAAGGGUGGUGUCCUAUAAAGGCUGUGGCAGAGACCCUGCGUCCAGGCGAGGGCGCACACAGACUGGCGCUACGACAGCGACUGUGACUGCGCCGGCUCCCAGCUCCUGGCAAGAAGGAAAACUGGACAUGACCAGAAAGAUCUUCACAAAUACCAGGGAGCGGUGGAGGCAACAGAGUGUCAACAGUGCCUUUGCCAAGCUGAGGAAACUCAUCCCUACUCACCCUCCAGACAAGAAACUGAGCAAAAAUGAGACCCUUCGCUUGGCAAUGAGGUAUAUCAACUUCUUGGUCCAAGUCUUGGGCGAGCAGAGCCUGCAGCAGACAGGGGUCGCUGCUCAGGGAAACGUUCUGGGGCUCUUUCCCCAAAAGCCCCACUUGCCCGAUGUGGAUGACAGAUCUCUACUGAAUGACUACCGAGUUUCUUCUCCUGGCCCAAGCCAUGGGGCUCCCUAGGGUGGCAGGGACAGUCAGCACCCAGGGCAGCAACUGGUUAAAGAGUCACCUGCUCUCAUGCUGUGGAGCGGUAUGACACAGGAAGUGACUGGGAUGGCAGCUGAGAACUGAAAGGACACUUGAGCAAUAUUGCCCUGGCCCCAUUACCCCAGAACUUCAGGCAGACGAAACAAAACAAAACAAAACAAAACAAAAAAAACCAGUGAAACAAAACAGCUCUAAGUUUAAAACUGCCGUCUUGCUCAUGACUGGAUCUCAGAUGAAAGAACAAUGCUUGUUGCCCUCUGAGUAUAUUUAAAAGUUUACUUUGAAAAAAAGGAGACAUGUUUGAUUGAGGUCAAAUACAAUAAGUGUUAAGACUGAUGAAUAGAAGAGAUAGCCACUAUGGAAACCAACCCGGGAGAGCCAUGGGGCCCUCUCUGGAGCAGAGCAGUGAGGAUCAUGUGUGUGGAAAGGCUCCUUCGACCUCUGUGGAAUCAUGAUUUUCGACUUCAGUUGAGCCUUGUAUACAUAUACUGUUUCUGAGGCCAAAUAGUGGAUUUCGUCCAUGUAAGGAAAAAACCUUUUUAAUUUGUGAACUGGACUUCACAGCUUUCUUAUAGAAGUUAGCUAAACAAAGUAAGCCAAUCCUUAGUUUGACAUACUUGGUAUUGACACUUUUAAUUCAGCCCAGAUUCAUGCUGAGAUAAGUCCUAUAAAAUUAUGAAAAUCCAAACACUGCCAUUUUAUGACUCACUGAGAGUAAACAAUAGAAAUAGAAUACCAGAUGCUAAUGUACUAGUGCAUUUGAUUUUGUCUUCCUGCUCCCACAGAGCAAUUGCUCAUUCUUAAGCUGGGGCAGGGUAGCACCCAGUAAAUCAGUAGCGUACUGUGGGUCUUAUCACUACGAACCUCCCUGGUCCCUGGACUCAAAGAUAAGUCCAGUAGCUGAGCCCCAAAUGCAGAUAAUAUCUAUCUCUGGAACAUUUUAUUUCCCCAGAGAUUUUUGGCUUUAUAAUAUUUUGAAUUACAGGUGGGAAAUCUAUGGUUUGUGGUUAUAAAUUUUCGAUAUCUACACAAUAUAGAAAUUUAAGCUUCUUUGUCUCUCUAGAAAGUAUUUUCUUUAUAAGUAACAAAUGAGGUCACUACAUCACUAAGGUCAGUUUAGCUGGUGCACUUAGAGCACACCGGCUUCCCCUCUAAGUCCUUUAUUUAAUCUGUACUUGCUUAAUCUCCCCACAGAAACAGUACAGAGAGAUUAUGGCACAGGGGCCCUCUGUCCUUAGACACAGAAUUUUUGUGUGAUACACAGAAUGCACUUUUUCCAGCUUGCUGAGGCUUUUGUCUGUGCUCAGAGAGGGCCACUCCUGAAAUGCUACAAGGACACCAAAUGACACGAGGAAGUUGAGUUGUAAUUACACUAAAUGAGGGGGAUGAUUAUUUCAAGAGCCCCUAGAGGAAAUCCUUUUGAAGAUGAAUAAAUCUUUGCAAUAUUAUUAUAUG